GCACGUGCCCGCGGAGAACGUAAACAAGUGGCUGGCAACGUAAACGUCGCUCUCGUUUGUACCGUUCAAAAAUGUCCACGACCGACCCCACUGGAAUCAUAGAUCUGACACAGCUCGUGACGGGGACUUCCAACCGUGUGUAUCCAUCCGAGGAUGCAGUUGUUGACGUUCUCCAGGCCCGUUUUCGGCGAGAGAUGCCGUGGACUUGGAUUCGGGACUCAACCCUUCUUUCCAUCAAUCCCUUUAAGGUCUUGGAGAACGUUAAUGAUGCGAGCAAGAAGCAAUACCAACAGCUCUACACUGAUGUCGCACCAGACGAAAGUGCCCCGGUUUUACAACCCCAUGUUUACGAAUUGGCUGUUCGCGUAUACCUCACAAUGCGACGACGACGGGAGUCACAGAGCGUUAUUUUCUGCGGAAUCACCGCCUCUGGUAAAUCCCACAAUUCACGCCUGCUCUCCGCGCAGUUAUUGCGAUUGUCGACUCAUUCAAAGAAGGACGCUCGCCUGGCAGAACAAAUUCGUGCUCUGGAAACUGUUUUAGAAUCGUUUGGGCAUGCUAAGACUUCCAUUAACCCUUCUGCAACUCGGUAUACGCGCUACACAGAAUUUCACUAUAAUGACAAGGGUCGUAUCGAGGCUGCCCAAGUCCUCGCUUUCGCACCAGACAAAAGCCGUCUUCUUCGAUUGUCCAAUGACGAACGCACGUUCCAUGUCUUUUAUCAGCUUCUCGCUGGUGCCACACCGGAUGAAAGGGACGCCUGGGGACUGGAGGAUCCCUCGGAUUACGCACUUCUGUCUUCCUCGGGUUGCUAUCGCCUCCCCAGCGGGCCUUUCAGCGAUGAUGCCGUCAACAUGGGGGAUUUGCGUGCCAGCAUGAAGGCUCUGGGCUUUAAACCAAAGCACAUAUCCUCGAUUUUCUCUCUUCUAGUUGUCGCGCUCCUGCUGGGGAAUCUCCAAUUCAUCGAUUAUAACACGAAGGAGGUUAAUUAUGAACCUGCCCGUGUAUCGAACCCCCUUAUCCUGGAUAAAGUUUGCCACCUCCUUGGUGUCGAAGCGGAGGAAUUGCAGGAGGUUCUGACCAACAAAACCACGUACAUACGGAAAGAAGUUCAAAUGGUUGUUCUUACCGCUGAUCCUGCUGCUGCUCAACGGGACCGGUUGGUACAAGAUUUGUACGCAAUCCUUUUUGCUUUCGUCGUCGAAACCGCAAAUCACCGUGUGGCACCUCCAUUAUCCGGUGCACGGUCGCCCUUCGGGCAGAUCAUCCUUUUCGAUCAACCUGGGUUCCGAUCCCGUGGCUCCAUUGGAUCUAUUGGAGGUCCGGGACCACUCCUGUCGGCCAUCGGCCACAAUAAAUAUGAGGAGUUCAUCACGAAUUUCCAGAACGAAAUUGUCCAAUUCUUUGUGACCCAGUCUAUAUUUGAUGAUACCACCGGUCUCAAUUCCCUCGUGGUCUCGGACGGCAUCAGUCUUCCAUCCAUUCCCAUCAUGGAUAAUUCUGCGUGCGUUGAGUUGCUUCGAGGCAGUGUCACGAAUAAGGGGAGUGUGCCGGGUGGUAUAUUGGGCAUUAUUGGAAAGGCGGUGUCCACAUCGCACCAUGUCAAGAGUGGUGAAAGGCGAGACGAGGAGCUCUUGAAGGAUCUUAAUUCAAAGUUCUCCGUUCAUUCUGCUUUCGGGAGGCCCAAUGUUGGUUCAUUCUCCUCCGCUGAGCUAUUUACAAUUAGUCACUUUUCUGGAAGCUGCACCUAUGAUAUUGGCGGCUUCUAUGACCGGAAUUCGGAUUUAUUGGAUGCUGCUUUCCUUCCCCUCCUUCGAUCAUCCUCGGACUCGUUCAUCUCCAAGCUAUUCUCGGGGCCGACCCUUUCCGUCGAGACUCACCGUAAUGACCCCAACAUCAUUGUGCAGGCACAAGUUUCGUCACGUCCGUUACGCCAACCAACUCCCACUGCUGAGCCAGUGGGACUUUCCUUGGACCCGCAGACGAUUUAUCCAGUCACGAUGCAAAUUGAUGCCGUGAUGGUUGGUAUAAUGCAAUCCAUUGAGCAAACCCACCGUUGGAAUGUCAUCUGUCUUCGACCGAAUGACUCAGGUUCUCCCAACUCAUUUGACAAACGCCGAGUGAAGUCUCAGCUGCGAUCAUAUCUUGUAUCCGAUAUCGUCGCCCGCCGAUCCACGGAAUACUCCAUGCACUACAGCUUUGACGCUUUCUGUGAUCGCUAUGCAUAUAGCGACACCGUUGGACAGGACCCCCUCGACCGGAUUCUUGCUGUUCUGAAUGACUAUGGACUGGUAGAAGGCCCAGAGUACGUUUUAGGGCAUCAAUCUGUUUGGCUUUCUUUCCUUGCAUUCAAGUCGCUAGAGGAUCCUCUCCGCGCCGCUGAAAAAGAGCGUCGGAAACUUGCCCGUGGCCUAGCCGGGAACUUGGAGACAGAAAGCGUCAUUGAUGGCGAUGACAUUAGUACUGCUGGCGACAUGGACGUUCCAAAUGAUUGGAAAUCUCCCCUACCUCGCAACAGUAGCUCAGAUAAUCUCAUUCGCACUCAAUUUUCUCCUGCACUGACGCCAUAUGGUACGACGAACGACCGUGGUGCCGGGCCAUUCGCCGAUCCAGAACCAAGUAUCGGAUGGGGAUCUGAAUUCGAGAAGGCCAUCGGAACCCCUCGCUCAGAGGCAGCCCCAUUAAAUGACUCCAACAUAGGCCAUACCAAAGCUAAAGCGAAGGAAGCAACAACUCUUGAGGUUCCCACGAGUUCUGCCCGGAGAUGGUGGGUUCGUUGGGUAUGGUUGUCGACUUUUUGGAUCCCAAAUUUUUGUUUAAGCCGAGUUGGUCGAAUGAAGCGUCCUGACGUUCGCAUGGCAUGGAGAGAAAAGUUGACAAUAUGCAUGAUGAUUGGUGCCUUCUGCGGUCUUAUUCUUUUCUACAUUAUCGUCUUUGGCAUGCUCCUUUGUCCUGGACAGAAUAAAGUCUGGAAUACGGCUGAACUUGGCGGACAUGACGCUGACAAUAACUUCUGGGUUGCUCUGCAUGGGAGUGUUUAUGACAUCACUAAGUUCUGGCGCGGUCACUCUAGCAAUGAUCCUAGUGUUUCCAUCACGCAACAGGACAUGCUAUCGUUGGCAGGACUGGAAUUAACUCAGUACUUCCCCGUCCCUCUUAGCGAAGGCUGCAGUGCAUUCGUCACUGAUGGCGUUCUGUCUUUGACUCCGGCAAACUUUACACCUGGUGUCCCUCAAGCCAUUCAUUAUUCUGGCGCGCAGACUCUGUAUACCGGGACGGACUUGUCAAACUCCAAGUGGUACACUAGCACGUUCCUCCCAACCAUGAGACAGUAUUACAAAGGCCCUUUUGUGUAUUCCAGGCGAGAGGUCGCGAGUCAAGCGAACAAGGACGGAAGAUACUGGUCGAUUUGGAAUAAUGAGAUAUUUGACCUCUCUGAUUAUUUCAAUACCCUCACGAUCCAGAAUAAUGCCGCCCAAUACAAAUUCCUUAAUACAUCGUUGAGCAGCAUAUUCAAACAACAACCUGGUCAAGACGUCUCGGACUCUAUGAAUAGACUGAUGGCGUCGUACUCCGAUGAUGUAAAGGCAGCCACAUACGCAUGCUUGAAGAACAAUUUCUAUUACGGCAAUGUCGACUUUCGGGACUCCCCACGUUGUAAGGUUCAGAAUUACCUUUUAAUUGUUGCUUCUGGCGUGCUUUGUGCUACGAUUGGGGCAAAAUUCCUCGCUGCUUUGCAGCUGUCGCCGAAGCGAACUCCAGAGCUGCUUGACAAGUUUGUUAUUUGCCAGGUGCCUUGCUACACGGAAGGCGAGGAGUCGCUUCGCCGUACCAUAGAUUCGCUAGCUGCUCUCAAAUAUGAUGACAAGAGGAAGUUGAUUUUCCUCAUCUGUGAUGGGAAUAUCAUCGGUAGCGGGAACGACCGGCCGACCCCGCGGAUCGCUCUUGAUAUACUAGGAGUGGAUCCUUCUCUGGACCCAGAACCUCUCCUGUUCCACUCGAUCGGCGAAGGUUCCCGACAGCUCAAUUAUGGCAAGGUAUAUUCAGGAUUAUAUGAGUUUGAAGGGCAUGUCGUUCCGUAUAUGGUUGUUAUCAAAGUUGGCAAACCGACUGAGCGCUCAAAGCCUGGGAAUCGGGGCAAGCGGGACUCACAAAUUCUAUUAUUGCAGUACCUCAAUCGAGUGCAUUUUGAUUCUCCGAUGAAUCCCCUUGAGCUGGAGAUUUAUCAUCAGAUGCGCAACGUUAUUGGGAUUGAUCCAGCUUUCUACGAAUACAUCCUCAUGGUUGAUGCGGAUACAACCGUUACUCCUGAUUCACUUAAUCGGCUAGUUGCUUGUACUGCGGACGAUACACAGAUCAUCGCGAUCUGUGGGGAGACUAAACUCGACAACCCCGAAGGCUCUUGGUGGACCAUGAUCCAGGUAUAUGAGUACUAUAUAUCGCAUCAUCUCUCCAAAUCUUUCGAAAGUUUGUUUGGCUCGGUUACUUGUCUUCCAGGUUGUUUCAGUCUUUACCGAAUCCGUACUUCCGACAAGGGACGGCCACUCAUUAUAUCCAACCGAGUCAUCGACGAUUACUCCGAAAACAUCGUGGACACUCUUCACAAGAAGAACCUGUUAUCUCUCGGAGAGGAUCGAUAUCUCACUACGAUUAUGAUGACGCACUUUCCGACUUUCAAAAUGAAGUUCACUCCUGACGCCAUCGCACAUACUGUGGCACCUGACAGAUGGGACGUCCUUCUUUCGCAGCGUCGCCGUUGGAUUAACUCAACUAUUCACAACCUCGUUGAACUGUUGUUCAUUCCCGAACUCUGCGGUUUCUGUUUGUUCUCUAUGCGUUUCUUUGUCUUUCUGGAUCUUAUUGGGACGAUAAUGCUCCCUGCCACUGCUGUUUACCUUGUUUACCUCAUCGUGGAGGUGGCCACUAAGAAGACCGCAAUUCCCAUCAUUGCUCUCGUCCUCAUCGGGGUCGUGUAUGGACUUCAAGCGGUAAUAUUUAUUCUUAAACGAGAAUUCAUGCUCGUCGGCUGGCUCAUCAUUUACAUUAUCUCCUAUCCGGUAUACAGCUUCUUCCUUCCGCUGUAUUCAUUCUGGUGCAUGGAUGAUUUCAGUUGGGGUAACACUCGCGUUGUUGUUGGGGAAGGCAACAACAAAAAAAUCGUGAUUGAUGAUGAUGAAACGUACGACGAUUCAAUGAUCCCCUUGAAGCGAUUCAGUGAAUACGAAGCCGAGGCGUGGGAGACACGUUCCCACAUGACUGAACAUCCUCGUCCACGCAGUCCAUCCAACCAAGCAGCUUCUCAACUUCGUUCUGAUCAUCCUCCACGCUCCGCGUCACCACUCAGCUUUGCACCAUCUCAGGCUGCUGAUGAUUACUAUCGUAACACCAAUGUUCUCAACCCCAAUCGCAGUAAUGUCCAAAGCGUUCGUGCGAUGUCUCAAGUGGGCGGUCCACCGCGGCUCAAUAUGCCACCCAUCGGCUCUGGCAGUUUCGGAGGUUUUGGUGGGUCUCAAGUGGGUUCCGAAUAUGGAGGACCCGUCGGUUUCCAGGCUCCUGUGCAAUUACCCCAGCAGACAGGGAUGAGCAUGAGCAUGGGUAUGCCCAGCUACACAGGUAGCAUGUAUGGCAUGCCACCGAUAGCUCCGCGCAACAGCGUUAUGACAAACCUGAACAUGUUUUCGGGCAAUCAGGGGGGAGGGUCGGAUGUGAACGCGCCUGGGGGCCCUCGACCAACAUCCAUGACCCUUACGAGUUUAAUGAAUCCGAACCCAUUCCCCAACGGACCCAGUCAGAGCAUGAACCCCUCUGACGAAGAGUUACUUGCUGUGUUAAGAACUUACCUAAGCACGCAGGAUCUAAUGGCUGUCACCAAGAAAUCUGCUAGAGAAGCGGUUGCUGGCCAAUUCCCCAAUGCUGACUUGAGCAGCAAGAAAGAAUUCUUGAACAUCUCUAUUGACAAUAUUCUCUCUUCAUGACACUUCCAUGAUACACAGGACUUGAUUCCCCUAUCCUAUCCAUGCAUUCUUUGGACUUUGUAGCACACCAUAGACAAUAUGAUAAUCCCACGAUUACUAUUUCUGAGGCUGACCUAGACAAGUUACCUUGCUUGGUGGGGGCAGGAAGGUCGCAGCACGGCUUGCCUAUUCAACACCUCCUGGGGGCGAGUCUAUAUCGUACUGCGUCAAAUAUCAUCCGAUCAUGUUGAUACAGAUGAAAUCUUGAUGUAAUCGCUACCGCGCAUCGUUCGCCUUCCCAAAUCUCAUUCGGCCGUCAUGAUUCGCUAUCGACCCAGUGUCUUCAAUUAGAAACCG